AGCGAGUGGACUCAGCACUGCGUUGCUGCUGGAACUCCGAAUGAAUGAAUGAAUGAAGAUAGUGACGUACAACGUGAACGGCCUAAGGCCUCGAGUCUCACAGUUCGGUUCUCUUCCCGGCCUUCUCGAUUCGCUCGACGCUGAUAUCAUCUGCUUCCAGGAGACGAAACUAUCGAGACAAGACCUGCGAGCCGACUUGGUUAGGGCUGAAGGCUACGAGUCCUUCUUCUCUUGCACUCGCACUUCCGAUAAGGGCCGCUCCGCUGGCUAUUCCGGUGUUGCUACAUUUUGCCGUGUAAAAUCUGCAAUUUCGAGCAAUGAAGUGGCCUUACCCAUUGGUGCAGAGGAGGGAUUUACAGGACUUCUUAAGGCUUCUCAGGGAUGUGGAUCUAGAAAAGAUAACAGUUCUCUGAUUGCACAAGGCCUUGAGGGAUUUUCUAGGGAUGAACUUCUUAAAGUCGAUAGUGAGGGGCGUUGUAUAAUCACAGAUCAUGGGCAUUUUGUUCUUUUCAAUAUAUAUGGUCCCAGGGCUGGUUCUGAUGAUUCCGAAAGAAUCCAAUUUAAGCUUAUAUUUUUCAAGAUAUUAGAGAGAAGGUGGGAUUGUCUACUACGUCAAGGACGGAGGAUAGUUGUUGUUGGGGAUCUUAAUAUUGCUCCUGCUUCUAUUGAUCGUUGUGAUGCAGGACCCGAUUUUGAGAAGAAUGAGUUUAGAAAAUGGUUUAGAUCUUUAUUGGUGCAAAGUGGUGGGAGUUUCUUGGAUGUAUUCAGAACAAAAUUUCCUGAUAGAAGAGAAGCCUAUACAUGUUGGUCAACUAGUACUGGUGCUGAGGAAUUUAAUUAUGGGUCAAGGAUUGACCAUAUACUUACUGCAGGGUUAUGUUUACAUGAAGAGCACAAUCAAGGCCAUGACUUUGUAACUUGCCAUGUUAAAGACUGUGACAUACUGGUGCAAUUCCGAAGGUGGAAACCUGGAAAUACACCAAGAUGGAAAGGAGGAAGAAGUAUCAAGUUAGAAGGUUCUGAUCAUGCUCCUGUUUAUAUGACAUUAAUGGGAAUCCCAGAAGUAUUACAGCACAGCACUCCCUCAUUAUCUACCAGAUACCAUCCACAGGUCUCUGGGUAUCAGCAAACUCUUGUGUCAAUGUUAAUGAAAAGGGAAUCAUCCAAUCGAACUGAAAUUAAUGGUGGACCCACUUCAUCACCAGAUGAAAGUAUUAUUGAUCCAAGUAUUCCACAGGAUAGUCCCAUAUCAAGAUUAGAGGAGAGCUAUGAGUGCUCCUCAAGUAAAGAUUCUCACAUGGCAAUGCAUAGUUUAGGAAGCACUGCUAAUUUAUUGCCUUGCUCAGAAAGCAAGAAAAGAGCACGAGACAGUCGGGGGUCUCAGCUCACACUAAAGUCAUUCUUCCAGAAAGCUUCAAGUGAAAGUGAAACUUUAGAUAACAAUUGUGUGGUCAACAAGCAUAAUCAGAAGGAUAUGUCUAAUUCCCUUUCAAAUUUAUAUGGUGAUAAUGCUGCUGAAAAUGGUAACCGUAACACAGAGAAUGCAUCUGCUCAGGAGGUAGGUAUGCUAGAUGCAUGCAACUCUUCAGACAAAGAGAAGAGGGCUGAUGCAUUGCAGGAGUGGCAGAGGAUUCAACAAUUUAUGCAGAAUAGUGUACCACUUUGUAGGGGCCAUAAGGAGCCUUGCGUUUCUAGGCUUGUUAAGAAACCAGGCCCCAAUUUGGGACGCAGGUUUUAUGUCUGCGCUCGUGCUGAGGGACCUGCAUCUAACCCUGAAGCAAAUUGUGGUUACUUUAAGUGGGCUGCUUCAAAACCCAAGGGCAAAAACUAGCAGUAUUUGCUUCCAUACGAGACAAACGACCAUGAAAGGCAUCUAAACGUAGUGCCUUCAAAUUUCAGGUAAUGGAUAUUGAGAACUUUGAAGUUUGAACAACUAAAGGAUAUAUAUUCAAUUGAUUGAUCUUACCAACAAGGGCAUGUAGACAAAGCUCAUUAAUCCUUAAGGACUCAAGAGAUGAUGUUUGCUUUGAGGAUUAGUCUGAUAAAAUGCCUGAUAAAAAAGUUGGUCUGUGCAGCUUUUAGUUUUACAAUUGUAAUAGUAUGUGACCAGAUCUACCUUUGAAACACUAAAACUGCAAUCCAAGUGUAUUUAAUUGUGAACAUUGGCUAACCAGUGACUAAGUUUCAGAAGUGCUAAUUC